CACACGUUUCACGCUUGUGUUAUCCGUGUUCCUCUCCUUCAUUCGACAGUGCCCUGUUCUUCAUCAUCUUCUCGGAGCAAGCACGGCACCACAGAGUUUAAGCUUCGAAUACCGUCUUUCCCGGAUUAGCAAGCCACGAAUUUUGGAGCACCCAAACUUUUACCCUUUUGAAGAGUAAAAGAAAAAAGCAUCGGCAACAAGCCAACAACUACCCCUUCGGAUUGGAUAGUGAACUGGGUUGGUAACGAUUUUUAGAAGCAGCUAGAAAGCCAUAAUCGUCGGAGUGCGAAAGUCACGAUCUUGGUAAUGCAAAUCUCAGGUGCUAUCAGUGAUGUAUUGGUGGUACUUCCACCUUCUGCAUCUCUUAGGCUGCCAGAAUUCCGCCACUUGAACACUUGUGCUGUUUCUGAUGCCAAGAACUUUAUUUCAAGUGGAUUUCUUAAAAGCUUUCCUUCUUGUUGCAACGCCAAGCACUAUAAUGAGCUUUACAGUUUCCGAAGUAGAGGCUUAGUUGCAAGAGCAUCUGCAGGUUCAAGUGAUAAUUUAGCACAUUUCGCUCCCCUCCAACUCGAAACACCCGUAGGUCAGCUUCUGGAACAAAUUUCGCAAACCCAUCCUCAUCUACUGCUAGCAACCAUUGAUCAGCAGCUAGAGAAUCUUCAAACCGCAAGAGAUGAGCAGAAGGAAGAAUCUUCUACUUCAUCUCAGGAUCCCCUUUACAAGAGGAUUGCUGAAGUUAAAGAGAAAGAAAAGCGUACAACUUUGGAAGAGAUCAUGUACUGCUUGGUUGUAAAUAAGUUUUUGGAAAACAACAUUUCAAUGAUUCCAAAGAUCUCAGCGACAUCAGAUCCUACCGGCCGAGUGGAUUUCUGGCCAAACCAAGAGCUGAAGCUAGAAGCUGUUCAUUCUACGGAGGCAUUCGAGAUGAUCCAGAGUCACUUGUCUUUAGUACUAGGCGAAAGGCUCGUUGGACCUCUUCAGACAAUUGUUCAGAUUAGUAAAAUUAAGCUCGGAAAGCUCUAUGCCGCUUCGAUAAUGUAUGGAUACUUUCUCAAGCGAGUUGAUGAGAGGUAUCAGCUUGAAAGGACAAUGGGAACCCUCCCAAAGGACUUUGGUAAAGCCAAUGUAAGUUUCGACGAACCGGCGCCGCCUUCAAACCAGCUCUGGGACCCUGAUUCCUUGAUCACAAUUCGUGCUUUUGAUGAUGUUUAUAGUGAUGGGGACUACAUGGAAAAUGAAGAAGGCAAAUCAUACCGGUUGAGAUCUUAUGUGAUGCAGUUGGACAGUGAGACACUUCAGAGACUUGCCACUAUCCGGUCGAAGGAAGCUAUGUCGUUGAUCGAAAAGCAAACUCAGGCCUUGUUUGGAAGGCCUGACAUCAGAGUUUCUGAGGAUGGUUCAAUUGAAACUCCCAAUGAUGAAGUGCUUUCAAUUGCAUUCUCAGGGUUGACCAUGUUAGUUUUGGAAGCUGUUGCAUUUGGAUCAUUCCUAUGGGAUGCAGAAAACUAUGUUGAAUUGAAAUACCCUUUUCUCAAUAACUAGAAAGAUUGUUUGUAUAAGAGUAUAAAUUCUUUUUGCUGCACAGUUUAGACAGUAAGGAAUGUAAAUGUGUUGAUGCAUGGAGCUUUUUAUAACAUAAAUAUAUUUUACUUGAUGUUCUGGUCACCAAA